AUGCCAUUACCUUCAUUACCAUUCAAAGUUAAAACAAAAGUAUCAUGGCCAGGAGAAGAAUCAGGAGAUUUAGGAUUUGUUGAAAAUGAAAUGAUCCAAGUUUUUUCAAUAGUUGAUGAAAGUUGGUGGAGUGGGAAACUACGUAGAAAUGGUGCAGAAGGUAUAUUCCCCAAAGAUUAUGUUGAAAUUUUAGAAGAUAAAUUAUCAAAUAAUUCUUCAAAUUCUAAUUUAUCUACACCAAUUAAAAAGAAUAAUAGUGGGAAUAAUACUCCACAAAAUACAAGAGCUAGUAAUACUAUGUUAAAUUAUAAAGUUGGAAAUUUUUCAUCAAAUAAAUUAUCUUCACUGAAUUCUUAUGAUAGGUUAAAUCAAAGUUUUGAUGGAUUUCCUACAAAAUCAUCUAAUAUACCAAACAAUAGUAGUUGGUCCACCAACAAAAAGGUACCUAUCUCAUAUGAGGAAAAUGAAAGACAAAGAGAGAUUGAAUAUUUCAAAAGUAUGCAACAACAACAAAAUUAUCAUAUAAAAUCUCCUAGUCCAAUGCAAGAUCAUAGAAGAAUUCAACAACAUAAUCAAUCAGAUCCAAAUUUAUUAAAACGUUAUCAUUCUCAACAAAAUUUAUCAAGUCCUAAAUUUAAAUCAAAUUCUUAUGCUGCUGGUAUGAAUGAUUCAAAUGUUGCAUAUCAUCAAUCAGAAUCAAGAAGAAGUAAUAGAGUCCCCAAAGAACAAGAAAUCCUAAAGGAAUAUGAAGAAAUUGCUAGAAAACGAGCAGAGUUAGAUAUUGAAUUACAGCGUUUGAAAAGAAAUAGUGAACAACAAUCACUACUUAAAAAUUCGACUUCUCCAUCACCGAAUAAAAGAUCAUCACCAACAAGAUCAAAAGAUGAUUAUUCGAUAGAUUCAUAUGGGACUUUAAAUGAUGAUAAGAGAUAUCAAUCUAGAGAUGAUUUAAGUAAAAAAAUGUCAAAAUAUAUAUCUGAUGAAGAAGAAGAUAUAAUCAAAGAUCAAACUAUGUUAAAUUAUAUGAAUUGUGAAUUAGAUAAUGAAUCACCACCACCUCCACCUCCACCAAAACAUUCAUUAAUUGGUCAAAAUUACGAGUUAACAAAAUCACAAAUGAAAUUUCCUUUCGAUGGUGAUGAUUUUAAAAUAUCAAGUAAUCAAGAUACUACAAGAUAUGAAGAAGAUUAUAAAAAAUUAUAUUUACAACAAGAAGAAUUAAAAAAUUCUAUAAAAUCUUUACAAAGUGAUGUUAUGAAUUUAUCAGAAUUAAGUGCAACAAGUGCAGGUUCAUUUAUGAGACAUAAAUAUGAAAAAGAAAUUGAAGAAAAUACUUCUAGUUUACAAAAUUUACAUAUAAAUGAGCAUGAAGAAGAUGAAGAUGAUGAAGAUGAAUUAGAUAAAUUAGAAUUGAAAUCAAAUGUAAUGGAAUCAGUAUUUGAAGAACGUAAAACAAAAAAUAACAUCUUCAAGAAAUUAUUAAGAAAAUCAACUCAUGAACAAUUAAAUCCAAUGGAAAGAAAAUUACAAUUACAAGAUGAAAUAGAUAUGGCUACUUAUAAAUUAGAUAUUACUAGAAUGAAUUCAUUAACAUCAAAGGAAAAACAAUUAAGAACUAAAAGAGUAGUUAGAAAAGAAGGAAAUUUAAUUGUAAAACCAUUAGAUUAUGUUUCUGAUAUAAAUACAAAUGAAACUAUUAAUCAAGAAGAAGACGAAAUUGAAGAAGAUAUUGAUUUGUCAACUAUAAAUUAUGAUAAAAUUGAAUCAUUUGUUUCUAAUUAUGAAAUGACUCAUGAUUUAAAUGAAUUUAUUUCUGAUGUUUCUUUGAAGUUUCAUUCAUCAACACUAAACAAGAUAAGAGCAGUUUUAUUACAUUUAUGUAAAAUCAAAAUUUUAGAAGAAAAUUCUUCAAUUAUAUCCCAACAAAAACCAAAAUUAAUAGAUAUUCAAUUAAAACAAGAAUCUUCCAUAUUUCAAAUGAAUUAUAUUUUUAAAAAAAUUCUUGAUGCUUUAAAAAUUCCUUGUGAAAUAGUCUUGGGGUUUUGGAAAAAACCAAAUGAAUUUUAUCAUAAUGAACAAUAUGUUAUAAAUCAUUGUUGGUUAUCUAUACUAGUUGGUUCACAAUUUAAAUUAAUUGAUAUUUUAAAUUUUAAAUCACCUGAAUUGUGUAAUUUAGUGGAUUUAAAAUAUAAUGAAUUUUAUUUUUUAUCAAAACCUUUAAGUCUUGUUUCUACUCAUAUACCAUCAAUAAUUGAUUUACAACAUGUAAUGCCACCAAUAGAUCCAAGUAUUGCUUUUUAUUUACCAAGAACUUAUUCUGGUUUUUAUGAAAAUAAUUUAUCUAUCAUGAGUUUUAAUAAUGCAUUAACAAGAUUAAAAAAUUGUGAAAUUUUUGAAAUUGAAAUUAAUUUACCCGUUGAUAAAGAAAUUUUCACAUUAGUAAAAACUUCAAAUUUAACAACUAAUGAUUUAACAUUAUGUCAAAUAAAAUGGUAUAACAAAAAAAGAAUAGCUAAAAUUAAAGCUUAUUUACCAAAAAAUGAAAAUAUUGGAGUUUUACAAAUUUUUUCAGGUCCUAAAGGUUUACAAAAAUUUUUUAAUAAUAUUCAUCAAUUAUCAAUUGUGAUACCUUUAAUUCAUGAAGGUAAAGAAUUCCCCAAAUUAAAAUUUGUACAAAGAUUUCCAACUGUACAAAGUUUAAAUAAUGAUUUAUAUAUUAUUAAACCACAAUCAAAUAAAUUGAUUUUAAAAAAUUCUUAUAGUUUUGAAAUAAAUCAAUAUCCAUCACAAUACCAUAGCAUAGUUUCGGAUUUUAAAUUGGUUAUUGAAUCACCAUCUGGUAAAUAUUUUAAACUUGUGAAUCAAGAAGAAGAAAUUAACCAACAUGGUAAAUAUGUAUCACAAAUUAAAUGUUCUGAAUUAGGUUUAUAUAGAGGUUUAGUAAUUGGUGAUAAUGGGAAUAGUUGGUAUGUUUUUGCUCAAUGGGAAUGUAUUAAUAAUAGUAUUGAUUAA